AUGGGCACGGUGCUGUCGCUUUCCCCUGCUUCCUCGGCCAAGGGCCGGAGGCCGGGAGGGCUGCCGGAGGAGAAAAAGAAGGCGCCGCCCGCGGGGGACGAGGCGCUGGGGGGCUACGGCGCGCCGCCGGCCGGCAAGGGCGGCAAAGGCGAGAGCCGGCUCAAGCGGCCGUCCGUGCUCAUCUCCGCGCUCACCUGGAAGCGCCUAGUGGCAGCCUCCGCCAAGAAGAAGAAAGGCAGCAAAAAGGUGACGCCCAAGCCAGCGUCCACGGGUCCCGACCCUUUGGUCCAGCAACGCAACCGCGAGAACCUUCUCCGCAAGGGCCGCGACGCCGCCGACGGUGGCGGAACGGCCAAGCCCCUGGCCGUGCCGGUGCCCACGGUGCCCACGACCGCUGCCACCUGCGAGCCCCCGUCGGGGGGCAGCGCGGCCGCCCCGCCACCAGGCUCAGGCGGGGGGAAGCCACCGCCGCCGCCACCCCCAGCCCCGCAGGCGGCCCCGCCGGCGCCCGGAGGCUCGCCGCGGCGGGUCAUCGUGCAGGCGUCCACGGGCGAGCUGCUCCGCUGCCUCGGCGACUUCGUGUGUCGCCGCUGCUACCGCCUCAAGGAGCUGAGUCCCGGCGAGCUGGUGGGCUGGUUCCGCGGCGUGGACCGCUCGCUGCUGCUGCAGGGCUGGCAAGACCAGGCCUUCAUCACCCCCGCCAACCUGGUGUUCGUGUACCUGCUGUGCCGCGAGUCGCUGCGCGGGGACGAGCUGGCGUCGGCCGCCGAACUGCAGGCCGCCUUCCUCACCUGCCUCUACCUCGCCUACUCCUACAUGGGCAACGAGAUCUCCUACCCACUCAAGCCCUUCCUCGUGGAGCCCGACAAGGAGCGCUUCUGGCAGCGCUGCCUGCGCCUCAUCCAGCGGCUCAGCCCGCAGAUGCUGAGGCUCAACGCCGACCCCCACUUCUUCACGCAAGUCUUUCAAGACCUCAAGAACGAGGGCGAGGCCGCGGCAAGCACCGGGGGUCCACCGAGCGGAAGCGCGUCCACCACCUCCUCCUCGACCGCCAGGGACAGCUGCGCGGCCGGAGCCAAGCACUGGACUAUGAACUUGGACCGCUAGGGAUUCCCAGGGGCCGCGCCCGCCCCCCGCCCCAGCCCCUCACACACACCCGGAACCCCCGGGACCAUCAAGCCACCGUCGCUAUUACCGCUGCUCGACGCCCAGGCUGGCCUGAGGAGGAGCCGCCCCUGCCCUACAGGGGAAGGUGGAGGCUAGGACGCCAGAGGCCGCGGUGUCUGG